CAAGAGCUGCGUCUCGUCGAACUGAGCACCCCGUUAGUAUGAUUGCGUUCUCUGUCUCUCUCUGUGUCUUUUUUUUUUGUUUCUCUCUCUCUCUCUCUCGUUCUCUCUCUCUCUCUCUCUCGCGUUCCCUGGCUCGGAGGAGGAGAGAAGGGGAGGCCUUCAUCCCCAACUUCCGGGCGGGAAGAGAGUCGCACACGCAUGGGGGCCCCAGAGCACCGAACACACGGCGAGUGGCAACGCGCGUGGGCAGUCCGGGCGCGGCCGCACGACGGCGCCAUGCCGUGUGCCGGCGCCCCGUCUCUGGAGAGUCCUGCCGACGCUGCAAGCGAGGCCGAGGAGGAAAGGCGCUCUUGGCGCGCGGGUCGACCAUCGCACGGGGGGGCUGCUGCGUGGACGGCCCCGCCGCUGGCUGAGCAAGGCCGAGCCGGCGCUCGAACAGCGUGGACCACGCGCCGUGAGCGAAGGGCAGAAGGAGAGAAAGGAUGGUGAGUGGAGGAGGAGGAGGAGGAGGAGGAGGAGGAGGACCCCGCCCCACCCUACCCGCUUCUCGCACUCCGCGCUCUGCGUGCCCGCGGCGGACGGGGCAGCGGAAGCGGAGGCCGUGCGCCCGCUGGCGCGCAGCGGGAGGCCGCAAUAUAAUAUGUCCAGAACCUUUUACCAUGGCGGCCUGGGCAAAGACCCCUGGGCCCGUCGGCAGCUGGGCUUUCCUGGUUGCACAGGAGGCGGCCGUCGUCGCCGUGCUUGCCUGGUUCCUCCUCGGGCCGGAGGAGCUGUUCCGCCUCUCGAAGGCUUUGGGCAGCUGGCUCGGCGAGGCCCGCGGCUUCGUCGCGGAGACGGCCGCCAAGUACGAGUCCAGCCUUGACGACGCGAGCACUCGCAAGGCCAUCGCAGGCAUUAGGGAAACCCAGCGCACCGUGAGCGAGGUCGCGUCCUCCUUCCAGGCAGCUCGCGGCCGCGAAGCGCCGGCGUCGGGAACCAGCGGCGCCAAGCAGGCCAUCGCCGGCGCCGCGGCCUCUUGCCUCAGGGAGGGUGGAGGAGUGAGGAGUUCAUGAUAUCGGUGUAAAUCACAAAUUCCAGGUUGGCAAAUCACAGUGUGCCCAGGUCGCGGCGAUUUGCAUGUAGAUUCAGCUUCGGUGCUACCGUUUCCCUCACCGCCUGAGCCGAAAAGGCGGCAGCACAGGACAAAGAAGCGUCUCCAUCGGAAUUGGGCUCCAAGGCUCCCAAGAGGCCA